UGUCGGUCGUAUUUUGUAGUAACACUUUUUCAAAAUGACAUCCAAAACAGAAACAACAUGCAAAAUAUUUUCCUUUCAAGACUAUAAGUCAUCUCCCGACCCGAUUUUCGAAAUUCCUGCCGAAUGCUUGCAACCAUCACCAGUUCCGAUAGUAAUAGAUAACGGAUCAUUUCAAACGAGGGCGGGUUGGGCAUGUAAAGGGGACCAACUAGGCUCACCGUGUCUUCUGUUUAAAUCCGUGGCAGCGAGGAGCAGAGGGGCUGCGCGCAGUGAAACCCAAAUUGGCAAUGACAUCUCUAACCUCGAGCCAUUGCGAUGGCUCCUGAAAAGCCAAUUUGACCGAAAUGUUGUUGUAAACUUCGAAAUACAGGAACUGAUGUUUGAUUAUAUAUUCAGUCAUCUCGGAGUUACCACUGAGGGCAGUGUUGAACAUCCUAUAGUACUUACAGAGGCGCCCUGCAACCCGCUGCAUAGUCGCCAGAUGAUGUCAGAGCUGCUUUUUGAAUGCUACAGAGUUCCUUAUGUGUCUUAUGGCGUGGAUAGCUUGUACAGUUUCUACUACAACAACCGCAGCCUUACACCCCCACACACUGGCAUCGUCCUCUCCUCUGGCUACCAUUGCUCUCACGUGCUACCUGUUAUCAGUGGAAGACUUGAUGCAGGGAACUGUAAGCGUGUGAAUGUGGGCGGGAGCCAGGCAGCCUCCUACCUCCAACGUCUUCUCCAGCUCAAGUAUCCGGGUCACCUGGCGGCUGUCACCCUCAGCCGCAUGGAGGAGCUGCUCCAUGAACACAGCUACACAGCGGCGGACUACCACCAAGAGCUGGAGAAGUGGCGCAGUGCAGAGUUCUAUGAACUGGAGGUUCACCGCAUGCAGCUGCCCUUCUCUGCCAAGGCGCACGGUGGCGUGGUGAGCGCGGAGGAGCGGCAGGAGAGACGUGCCCAACAGCUGCGCAGGCUGCAGGAGAUCAACGCCCGGCGCAGGGAGGAGAAGUUGCAGCAGGACCAAGAACGGCUGGAGAAACUACUGGCUGUGCAGGAGCUGUUGGAGGAUGGCUACCUGGAGCAGUUCCAUAAGAACCUGGUGGAGCUGAACAUGGACUCCGCUGAGGAGCUGCAGUCGUACAUCAACAAGCUGGGGAUGGUGGUGGAGCAGGGCAGGCAGCGUCUCUUACAGGCCUCAGAAACGGAGCAGCCGAUGGACGAAGGGGACGCUGUGAACGAGAUGGACCCAGACUUCAGUGAGGAAAACGCGGAGACUGAAAAACCUAUCAAUGUGGUGCAGCCUGUGUUCAACAUGGCAGAGUACCACCAGCUGUUUGUGGGUACCGAGCGCCUGCGGGUGUCCGAGAUCCUCUUCCAGCCAUCGCUAAUCGGAGAGGACCAGAUGGGUCUGAUGGAGACUCUACAGUAUGUCCUGGCCAGGUAUACUCCUGAGCAGCAGGAGGCGCUGUCCCGAAAUGUGUUUCUGACAGGGGGAAACAUGCAGUAUCCAGGCAUGAAGGAGAGGAUAGAGAGAGACCUGCUGGCCAUGCUGCCUUUCCAGUCCAACUUUCAGGUGACCAUGGCGUCACGACCUGCAGUUGAUUCCUGGUAUGGUGCUCGGGAAUGGGCCUUGGAGAACUCCCCUGGCGGGGAGGGCUGGAUCAGCCGGCAGGACUACGAAGAGAAGGGAGGUGAGUAUCUGAGCGAGCACUGCGCCUCCAAUGUCUUCGUCCCCGUGAAGAUCGCCAAACCAGUCCCACGACCUGGCGAAACGCCCUUAGUAUCCAUCGCCAUGACGAAGGCAGCUUCACCAGCCAGUGUUUCAGGCCCUCCGUCAACUGUCACCACGGCACUGACCCAAACUUGAACUCCUCAACACGUUUUGGGAAAACUUGGACUUGAUGGGUGAAUCUCACUGGAUAUAUCAGGCUGCUGUUCCUGAUGAGAUUUCAGCAACACAUGACGAUGAUUAUGGACCAACAGACCAGUCAUAUUGAAUGGUUAUUGGUAACUACUACAGACAGGGCUUAAGGCAUUAGGGCUGUUUGAUUGUGUUAUUCACAUAACAAAAAUGAUUUUUUUGUUUUUACCUGCUAACUUUAUAAUGCAACCAAACAAUAAAAUGUAUUCAGGGAUAUGUUGUCAACCAAACAUCAAGCUGGCAUUUUGCUGUGAAAUUCCACAAUAAAAAUAUCAGUAUAGCGAC